GAGUCCUGGCUCUGCCGGUUACUCGCUGUGUGACCUUGGGGAGACAUUUAACCUCUCGGUGCCUCAGUUUUCUUAGACAUAAAAUGGAGGGGACAAGUACCUGCUCACAGGGUUAUUCUGAACACUGAGCUAUGUGUGUGAGGCUCUAUGGAACAUUGCCUGGCCUGUGGUUGGCAGGGUUCAUGAGUUUGUUGUGAUAGUCGCUAUGAUCUCCAUCACUGUUACAUGUCAGGGCUCCAACGUGUGGUGCUGUUCACACAGCAUCUAGUUGGGUUCUGUGCAUGUGAGGCCGUGUCUGAUUCAGAGCCACAACUUCUAAGGUAAUUCUAACGACCCAUGUCAUCCCCCUGCCUUUUAAGAAUGUCAAAUGCUCCCUCUGCUGGACAAUACCUCUGGCAAACACACAGUUCCUACCAUUUCCUCUAAGGUCUGGGUGUUUAGUGAAAUGGAUUGAUGGCCCUUUAAGAGUUGGUAGCUAGUGCCCCGUUACCAUGGAGACAGCUGGAUACAGACUCUGUAGCAGGCAGCAGGCAGCAUGUCCUCUGAAGUUCAAUCCACAGGUAGGAAGAGGGCUGCUGGGGCUGGAAAGGGGAGGGCCAUCUUCUCCCUCACAAUCCACCCUGGGGCUGCCUUGGAGGAUUAUGUUCUUAGAACCCCUGUCCUACCCGUUUCCUUCUCCCCAAGGUCUGCCAUCUCGUCCUCUCCUCCCCAUGUAGGCUCCAGAGCCAAGGACAACCAGGCCUCAGCCCCAGAGAGUCUGCCACCCCCAGAGGCCAAUGCUGAAGCCAUUCACUUCCUCAACUCCCUCAGGAAGGAGGAACUACAGAUGCUAUUUUUCUCCGAGACUCUGGCCAUGGUCUCCAACACAGGGGAGCCUCAGGGAGAGCUGACCAUUGACGUGCAGAGAGGUAGUCACAAAGAUGUCUCGGGUAACAUGUUGCAUUGCCCCCUCGUGCAUGCCUACAGCAAAGGCUUCAUGGACAAGACGCUCUGUGGAAACUCUCUCCUGGGCUAUCUCUCAUGGAACUUGGAGAUCAAGGAACAACAGAGUCAGGAGUUCCUCAAGCUUCACAUCCUCCCCAUGGAACGGAAGAUGAGUUUGCUGAAGCAGGAGGAUCAGCUGGCCAUGACCAGAAGUAUCAAGGAGGGUGAGGAAGUGAAGACCGAAGUGACGUUUUUCCCCUGGCACUCAGUUGCGGGCUUCAUCUCCGAAUCUGCCAACCUACUGUUGCUGAGGGUGAUGGCCUGGCGGCGGAUGGUGCCCAGUAAUGCCCGCUUCCUGGCCUUGGACAUGGAGGGCAAACUCUGCUAUUCCACCUACCAAGCCCUGGGCUCCCAGACCAUCCAGAUGGACCAUCAGCAGGUGGAAGUGUUCAUCGUGGAACAGACUGUACACUCUGAGGAGGGCAUCCCCAUGUCCUGCCAGUUCUACCUGCUGCCCGAUGGGCACCUGGCCAAGAGAGUCCAGGUGGGCUCCCCUGGCUGCUGCAUGAUCACCAAGAUGCCCAUCAUUAGGGAGGAGGAUGAGAUUGAGCCUCGCCCGGUAUUUGAGAAGAAGCCCCUGAUGUGGGAGGAGGACAUGGAGCUAUACUCGAGGUUCCUGGAUCGGAAGGAGGAGCUGCGCCUCAGCCACACUAGGUACCUGCAGCAGCACCCGGAGGCCAAAGCGCUCAUCUCAGACUUCCUGCUCUUCCUGCUGCUGCGCCAGCCGGCCGACGUGGUCACCUUCGCCGCGGAGCACUUCGGCCCCUUCGCGUUGAGCUGGCCGCCCACCCCUGGCUUGCGCUCCUCCAACCGGCCCAGCCCCUUCGGCUUGCUGGACCCGGAGUUCGUCUAGGCCCGGAGCGCGGCUGGACUGGGGCCCCGCGGGCGGGUACUGGGCAGGAAGCCGCCGCAGCCCGGCUGGGACGCGGGCGGGACGCACCCGGGAGGCGCAGCUUCCCAGCUGCGGUUUUGAGGGGAAUAAACGGGGCCCUUCCGAGAGUGCGAGCCAGAGCCUUCCCUCGCCAGAGCCUUGUGUCUUGGCUUAGAAACCAUGAACAGCGUUAAACGAGCGAUUUUCAGCCUUUCUUCCUAAAUGCUAUUAUCAUCAUUAUCCCCGUUUUACAGAUAAGAAAAUAGAGACACACGAAGAUUAAGUAACUCGCAGAGUUAGCACGUGCGAAGCAGGAUUCAAACCUGGAGGUUGGAUUCCAAAAUCCACACUCUUGGUCACUAGGUUAGCCCGGGUGGAGCGGUGGGGCUUCUUGGCACCCAGAAUCUUUCUGGGUACCACUUACCAUAACUGCUCAACCCCCCCUACCCUAAAGAAAAAGAGCAGAUGACGUGCGGGAGGGGGUGAUGGGAAAGGGAUUUGGACCACCACUGGCCUUGCUCAUCUCCUCCCAAGUCUCCCAAACUCUCCCUCCCUCCAUCCCUCCAUUCCCACUGACACGCAGGAACCGCCAAACUGCGGGCAGAAUCCCCAUUUGCCGGCUCCGGGAGAAAAAAGGACGGACAGGUGACCAUCACCUCCUUUAAGCUCCUUGCCUAAUGUCAGCCUGUGCAGGGGCUUGUUUCUGCCCAGUGCUGGCUGCUGCUCUGUAGCAAAUAUCAGGCAAACUGCCCCAAGGCAGCUGGCAAUGAGGAUGCAGGAUCCACCAUCUGUCGUCAUUUAUGGGACCUGCUAUUUCGAGAGGAGGGACUCAGAGAAGCUUUGCACUCUAGGGACUAAUAUGAGCCAAUAUCAACAAGGCUGGGGUGAGGGGUGGUCCAUGACCCAGGAAUCAGGGACGGCAGUCUUCAUGGAGAGCUGUAACUUGAGUUGAGCCUUAAAGAAUUUUUAAUAAUAUAUUUUAUUGUCCCCUAUCCUUAUUUUAAAAGAAAUAUUAAUACAUGUUCAUCAGAGAAAAAUUAAAAAGGGGUGAUAAACCAAAGGAAGAAAGUGAAUUCACCUCAACUCCUCUGCCUAGAGGCAGCUAUUCUUAACAUAUUGGCAAAUAGUCUAUCUCUCUACUCUUUUUUCUAAGCAUAAAGGGGGCUGGUGUUCCUUCACCACUUACUCUGUCAAGCACUUUUUUUUUUUUUUAAGA